AACCUCCCCUCGCCGCCUAGCAAGCGAAGAAGACGCUGGCUAGAAAUGGCGCUGACGGCGAGUCGAACGGCAUGAGGUUGCUCAACGGCUUUUCCGUGGAUCGCAGACAUCUGAGUGCUGGGGACAUGACAUCGGCCUCCAAGUAGCGCACCCGUCGAGGCGGCCACCGCUGAGCUUCCGACGUCUCCCCGGGGAAGAGUUUUCGUCUUGUCCGUGGAGGAGCGCAAAUCUCACCGGGAGGGAGCAUGGCUUCUUACGGCAACCAGUAUAUCUUUGGGGAAUUCAGCCCUGAUGAGAUCAAUCAGUUCUUUGUGACUCCGCGAUGUUAUGUAGAGCUUCCACCGUUCAACGACAAAGCGCCGUGUGUCAGUCAACCCUCUGGAGGUUACUGCACUCCUGCUGUACCAUAUAUAAUGGAGUCAAUGGGACUGCAGGGUUGCGGAGAUGACUAUCAGCGUAUUAAGUUUGGUGUUGAUGAGGUGAUGGACUCCAAACCAGUCAGCGGCGUGAAGGACUCUUUGUACAAGGUGUCGAGCACCCUGAACCCACAGGCUCCCGAGUUCAUCCUGGGCUGCCAGCAGGCUCAAAAGACACAACAGACGACGACGAUGACGACGACUCCGGCGGGUGACGCCCCUGUUGGAGGCCACUUCAACUCUAAGGACGGGCCCGACUCUGAGGCCUCGGCCCUGGACAAUCACCAGGCGUGCCAGGACAUGGACGGGCUGCCUGGCGGCCUGGGACAGCGUGAGAGGAAGAAGAAGAAAAAGCGGCCCCCGGGGUACUACAACUACCUGGACCCAUCGGCCGGUGGCAGCAACAACACCAGCAGCAGCGGCGCUGCAGAAGGGACGCCUGUGACAGCACUCGUGAAUGGACACGCGCUCGGUGUCUCGCAACACAUUGCCGAGGACGUGGACUGUAAGACCUCUUCGGGCACCGGCCUUUCCUCUCCAAGUGUCGACUCGACGGCGACAGCUGCUCCGACAGCCACAUCCACCGCCAAUCAGAGGACUUGCGAUAGCCCUGAUGACUUCUCGUCGGACUUAAAAAGCGGGACCGCCUCUUUAUCGGAUGGCAAUAAUGCAACUUCCCCCUCUUCGUCCACAUGUCAAAGCAGAUGCAUGACGGAGGGACCAAGGACUGCAGAUGAGCAGCCAGAUCUUUUGGCUCCCCAGAGCCCCGAACUUUCAGAUAAUUCACAGAGCCCCCGCUCCAAGUCACCUCUUCCUGCCUGUACUGCUACGACUACUGAACCGGAGAGAGGGGAGGUGGCUGAGAGUAAUGGGUUGGCGGAGUCCGACACUCCCGUUAGCGCAGAUGGACACAAAGAAGACUGUGGCGAUUCGACCCAGCAGGUCUAUCCGCAAUGCGCCGCCCAAACGGCGGCGACGGAGUCGUCUCAUUCGCCUGCAGUUGCGUCCGCGCCUACAACCAACCCUCCCAAAUCUUGGGCUAGCCUCUUCCACAACUCUAAGCCACUUCCCGGCAGUCCUCCGGCCUUUGUGGAGGUUAAGAAUGCCGUGGAAGUUGUUGCCCCUCCUCUCCUGACACCCGAGGAGAAACCUGUUGAGGUUAAGGAAGGCCCUGUCCAUGUUUCAGAGGACCCUAUGGCUCCUAAGCUUGCAGAACUUAUAGAGAAUGUGAAGUUGAUACAUAAACCAGUGUCUUUGCAGCCGAGAGGACUCAUCAACAAAGGAAACUGGUGCUACAUCAACGCUACUCUCCAGGCCCUCAUCGCGUGUCCUCCCAUGUAUCACCUGAUGAAGUCCAUUCCUCUGCACAGUGAAGCGCAGAGAGCAUGUACCUCCACGCCCAUGAUAGACAACUUUGUGAGGCUGGUGAAUGAGUUCACAAACAUGCCGGUGCCAGCUAAACCCAAACCAGCUGUUGGGGAUAAACUGGUGAAAGACAUUCGGCCAGGCGUUCCCUUUGAGCCAACGUACAUUUACGGACUCCUCACGCUCAUCAAGUCCAGUCUCUCGGAAAAGGGUCGACAGGAAGAUGCAGAGGAGUAUCUCGGCUUCACUCUAAAUGGAUUGCACGAGGAGAUGCUGGCAUUGAAAAAACUAAUCUCGCCUCAGGAAGAAAAAGCCCCCACACCCAACGGCCCAGAGUCCCCACCAGGUGUGGAGGAAGACAACGCUGACAAGGGCGAAGAGGGAAGCGAGGACGAGUGGGAGCAAGUUGGCCCCCGCAACAAGACUUCCAUCACUCGCCAAGCUGACUUUGUCCGCACGCCCAUCACUGACAUAUUUGGAGGACACAUUAGGUCGGUGGUGUAUCAGCAGAACUCCAAGGAGUCGGCCACGCUGCAGCCCUUCUUCACGCUCCAGCUGGACAUCCAGUCCGAGAAGGUCCGCACGGUCCAAGAGGCCCUGGAAACGCUCGUCGCAAGAGAGUCGGUCCAGGGCUACACUUCCAAAAGCAAGCAGGAGAUUGAGGUCAGUCGGAGGGUGACCCUGGAAGAGCUGCCCCCCGUCCUCGUGCUCCACCUUAAGAGGUUUGUUUUUGAGAAGACUGGAGGCUGUCAGAAACUCAACAAGAUCAUCGAGUACCCCGUUGACCUAGAAAUAAGCAAAGACCUCCUGUCUUCUGGAGUGAGGAGCAAAGUUGUGAAAGGCCAAAGAACAUACAGGCUCUUUGCAGUGGUCUAUCACCACGGGAACAGCGCGACAGGCGGUCACUACACCACGGACGUCUUCCACAUCGGUCUUAACGGCUGGCUGCGCAUCGACGACCAGGCGGUGAAGGUGAUCAACCAGUACCUGGUGGUCAAGCAGAUUGCAGAGCGCACCGCUUACCUGCUGUACUACCGCCGCGUUGACCUCUUGUAGGCGCAAACGCACACAUCGCCUACGAAGCCACAUGCAUACGCUCACACAUAUACACGCCAAACACCGCUCCCUCAUCUCACACGUGACACACACAAACACACACAUGUGGAACAUAUGAUGAACAGGAACACUGCCCGACUUUGUUCUCUUGCAAGAUUUUCCUCCUCUUCCCUCGUGUCCCUGCUUCCUUGAGAGCCAGCUUUUCCAGCACCUCUUCCCAAGCGGAGACACAAGUUGCAUUCCUUGCAACGGCUCGCUCUUCUCUGUGCACCACUGCUGUCAUUUUUCUGUUCUUCUUCACGACGACGACGACGAGAAGAGAAAAAAAAAAAAAAAAAAGAAAAAAAAGUCAAACAAUAGGCGGUUCGGGUGAAGAACUGCAAACUGGACUGCUGAGGUAUCUUCUCUCCACUGAGCGGAACCACCCGGAAUUAUCAGUGUUGGCCUUUUUCACGAGGAGAGCUGCAUUGAAAAAGGCCCAAAUGCCCGUAUUUGAAUGAGCGCAUUGAUCAGGCCUAGCACCAGCAUCGCCAUCCCAAGCCUGCUCGUCUCCGCUUCCUCAUCUCCUUCCUCCUCCUCUUCCAGGUACAUGUUGAGCCCUCACACCCAGUGAGUGCGGGGGCUACAUGGAAUUUGAAGUGAACGCUCUCUGGAUCUUUGUCAACGAAGAGUAUCUAAACAAAAAGUCUUUAAUGCGCUUUAGAUUUUAAGAUAAGCUUUCUGUGCACAAAGUAUAAACUUACGAUAAUGUGGCAGGCAUAUUUGCAACUGUUUAGACUAAAAUGUAAAAAAACAAACAAACAAACAAACAAACAUAAAAAAAAACGUGCGGUCCUAAAGGACUUUGCUUGUUUUUAGGUUUUUUUUUGCACUGGAGAUGGCAACUAAUCAAAAGAUAGAUUCCACUGCAAGAACUGCCCUCGUUUAUUUUGUACAUUUCCUUCUCGAUCCAUUCGUCGUCUCUGUUUGCCGCCGCCCGUGUCCGGGUGACUCGUCGGCGUGUCUGAACCGCAGCGCCCUUAGGUUCAGUCUGCGAUCUUUUCCCCACCCGACUCAGGCAGGCACGUCUGAAGUGACACCUCCCCGGUGCGUAAAAUGUGGGCGGCACCAGCGCUCAGACGCGCACAAAUAGUGUUUGCUUGUGUUGAAAAUAAUCAGGGUUGUUUUUUUUGGGGGGGGGGCAUAAUUCAUUGAUUGUGAUUUGUUUGUUCAAGCUACUAAAAUGUUUUUUUGUUUGGGUCCCUCAUUGGUUGUCCCCACGCUCAUGCUUCCCUCCGACUUGCGCUUGCAUUUGAAUUGGAUGUCUUCAAAGGAAAUGAUACAGGCUAAAGCACAACAAUAAUGUAGUUCUUUGCUCCAUAGUUAAUUUUUUCUCUCACUUGCGCGAUCACUUUCAUCAUCGCAUCUUGCAGCAGGUACUUCGACCAGAUGUUUUUUUUUUCAAGAGGUGCCCCCCCCCCAUUUCAAAAUUUGCCAGUUAAAGUUCCUGUAAAGUGAAGACAUUUUUUUUGGGAAAAGUGUUGUCAACAACCCAGGCAAAUUGGUAUGAUUGGAAAAAGAAAAAACGUGGCUUCAUAGUGAAAAAUCAAGCCAUUGUCUCCGCUCUCAUAUGCUGUGGGCGUGUCCAGUAAAUGUGUGAAAUCACGCCCGGCUGAAAAAUUGCUACUUCAAGCAUUUUCUUACUGCCUUACACAUGCCUACAUAUUUGAGUCACAAAUAUCGACCCCCUUAAAGUCGCCGGCUUCUGGAAUAAAUCCCAAUUGGAUGGCGUGGGGCUUCACACUCGGCAAGUGGAAGUUCCAGCUACCAGCUAGCUCGUGAGCGAAACCGGUAUUAGUAAUCUGCAAUUGCAUCGGAUAGCCACUAUGAACAACGGCGGUCAGUGUUAUAUAUAGCUGCUGCCAGUUUAGCCUCCCCAUUACUUGGAAAAACUAAAAUGACAAAAGUAGUUGAACGCUAUGCCUCCAUUCAGUUCUACAUAGUUUGAAUCUCGGAAUUCACUUGACAAGGCCUCUAAAUUUAAACAAGUUUGCGCAUGGCUUCCACACUUUUUGUUUUAAGACUAAUUCAGUGGAUCUUGAUGUGGAAAUGUCAUUAAAUCUUUGUGGGUUUUAAACUUUUAAACCUUUGCCAAUUAAACCAAAGUACACCAUAUUGAGCCCUGUUAAUUUUAAAAAUUCAUUUUUAUUGGCGCGUCUAAAUCUCCUCCAUUCGAGUUGUGCCGCAGGUUUUGUAGCGAUUUCUCCCCAAACUGUGAUCUCCAUCUUCAUUUGCAUAUUUAUUCCCUCCCAAGAAGACGACGACUGUCAGGACUUUUGGACUUUGAAAUGGGCAACAUGGGUUUUCCGAUGCGCCUUGCUGAAUUGCUUCACGCCUCAUGUUUUGUCUUCAGUAUGAGCGCCUAACACUAUAUUGUCUGCUGGAGUUCUACAACAAUCUGUUCUGUCUUUUUAAUUUCAGGCAUCCAGCGUUUUGUUUUGUUUGUUGUUCGAAUAAAGGAUUGUGCAAAAAGCAGUUUGCUAAUGACACG